UCAGCUCUACUACCUACUGCAUACAAUACACGAAAAUAAUUUUUUUUUUGACCAAAUCGUGCAUGUUUUCGCUACUUAAACCUAAAAUUCGCCGUGUUCGUAGUCCCAUAGUGGGACGCUCGUCCGCCCCGUCCCACGUAACGCAUCGCUUCCAGCGCACAGCGUUCCCACUUGUCUGUUUGUUAUGAAUAUAUCGAAGGUGACAACAUCGCUUGGUGCCGCCGAAAAGGCGAAACCCGAACGUGUGGCCUCUGCGGCGGUGGCCGCCUUCAGUGCGGUCAGUAUCCAAAAGCGCGGAGGCGGCGCCGACGAUCCGUCGGAGGAUCCAACGCGAAAGAAGGCCAAGACGGAGCUACUGCACGGUACGCCCAGUUCAGCUGCCAGUUUGCCCGCCAAAGCAGUGGCCCCGCUGCCAUCGCAGCAGCUUCUCUACCAGCGUGCUGGCCAGCAGGUUAAGGCCCAGCCCAAAAUUGCCCUCGAAACGCAGGAGGCGCAGGCGUCUGGCGGCCAGGAGGAUGGUGCCUGGGAGGCACGCGAUCAGCAGCAGCAGCAGCAAAUAAUUGUGUGCAACUUCGGCUCUGGCGCCGAGAUGAGUGCAAUUAAGGCGACGGACGAGGCCGUCGACAAGCAGACCUUUGCCAGCUUUACCAAAAAGGAGGCCGCCUCAUCCUCGUCCUCCUCCUCCUCCUCAUCCACCGCCUCCAUCAUCUCAAUUGAGCCCAGUGGUUCUGGCCAGGAUCAUGCCGAGAAUCCCGUCAAGACGGAGGAUCUCGACUAUGUGCUUAUGCCGGCAGGCAGCGGGGACAAUACGGUGGCCGUGGUCUCCGCCGCGGGCAACACAGUAACUGCUGCCCCAACGGGUGCGGGAGCCACAUCCACCAUUAUACUGAAUGCCACUAACAAUGGCGCCACAGGAGGAGCCACCACCGCCACCACCACCAUUCUCACGCAGAAACCCGGCCAGAGCAACUACAAUAUAUUCAACACCACGGUCACUGGUCAGACGGGUCAGCCCACCACGACGCUACUGAACCGGGUGAACCUGCACAAUAAGAUGAAAACCACCCAGCUGGUGGUCAAUGCCAAGAAGCUGUCCGAGGUGACGCAGACCACGGCCAAAGUGUCCAUUGGCAACAAGACGAUAUCGGUACCGUUGCUCAAGCCGCUGAUGAGCGGCGGUGCGGCCACAGCCGGCGGAGCCACAAUUGUUGAAAGCAAGCAGCUUCUGCAGACGGGUGGCCAGGUGACCACUGUGGUGAGUGCUGCUCCCACAUUGGUGGGCAGCGGGCAGCAGGUUCAUCCGCAUCAGCAUCACAACUUCACCAAGCUGAUCAAACGAGUGCCCAAGAAUACAGGCGGCGGCACCAUUGUCUCGUUCUCCGGGCUGCAAAUCAAACCCGCCACCACCAAGAUUGUGGCCGCCAAGGUAGUCAACAAGAAGAUGGCCCUGCCGCUGCAGCUUCACCAGCAGCAACACCAGCAGCAGCAGCAGCAGACACUGCAGGUGACCAGCGGCGGUGGUUUGGCCCCAGCCACUGGGAGUAUAGUGACCAUUACCACAACCAAUCCCAGCCAGACAUAUGCCAUGGUCCAGGAGGCGUCGUCGCUAGGAGGAGCUACGUCCUCCGAGGACGAUGGCUCCACGGCUACCCGCAAGAUAACCGCUUACAGUGAGAAUAUACAGAAGAUCUUAAACAAAAGCAAGUCCCAGGAGGCCCAGGAGGAGUUCACUAACAUCAAUAGCGUGGUGAUCAAGCCGCUGGACAAGAAUGCACUCAACUGCCCGCCCAGCUUCAACAUCUUUAAGCAGCAGCAGCAGCAGGUUCAGGCGGCUCAGGGUCAAGGAAAUUCAGUGGGAGGAUGCGGCACACCCUUGACUAGUGCUUCAGAACUGGGAGCCACCUCCUCCUCCACCGUCUCCGUGUCGGCGGGCACCAUUUGCAUCAAUAGCCCGGGUAUGGGCACGCGACCCAUUCUCUCCAUUCAAAACAAGAACAUAUCCUUGGUAUUAUCCAAGACGACGAUGGCCCAGCAGAAGCCCAAGAUGAUCACCACCAGCACGGGCCAGACGGCGCUGCAGAUGCAUCAGGCCCUUGUACAGGAUGUGAGUGGCGGAGACAAGGCUGGACCAGGAGGAGGAGGAGGAGGAGGAGGAUCUUCAACCAGCCUGGGAGCUGUUACCACUGCUGCUGUUGUUGGUCCUCCCCCCACUGGCACUGCUCCCAUGCAACUGAAGCUUACCAACAAUGCCGCGGGCACCAAGCUUAGCCUUAGUCUGGCCACUGAGGGAGGAGCAAAGCUGGAGGAGAUUGUCACUGGCGGCGGCAGCGGCGAGCCAAAGGUUAAGCUGGUCAAGCAGGAGGCAGGAGUGGUGAAGGAGCCAUCGAGUGGGAGUGCCACGCCCAGCGAUCAGGAGCGCAGCGGAGAGGAGUUGGGCACUCCGGAGAAGCUACGUCUAACGCCCAUUAACCAAGCCCAGAAUCAGGCACCGAAUCAGGCUCAAAUAGCUGUAGCUCCUGCUGCUGCUCCUGCACCUGCCCCUCCUCCAGCUGCAGUUAAUCCUCCAGCCAGCACAGUAAACAGCAACCAGCGCUCGGUGGCGGAUGACUCGAAUAAUGCCCUGCUCAAGCAGCUGCUCCAGAACAGCAGCAGCAGUCAUAGUCUCAACCAGAUAAGCAUCACCUCCGCCCAUGUGGCGGGUGCUGCAUCCUCCUCCUCCUCCUCCUCCAACUCCACCUCCACCUCGGCGCCCCUCUCCGCCCGCAAGGUGACCAAUGUUCGGGCGCCCAUCUUGGGCAUGGCCAGUAGUCUGGGGGAUCAGCUGGCGCGUCCCAACAUACCGCCAGUGCCCACGGCCACGCCAGUGAGUAGCAGUAGUAGUGGCAGUAGCUCUGUGGCCACGCCUAGAGCCACCACCACGAUAGCCGGGGGAACUGGCCAACAGCUGGCUACCGCCUCCUCCUCCUCCUCGGUGGUGGGCACUGCCGUCUCCUCAGUGGUGAUGGCCAGCGCCAGUGGAAACGGAAGCGAGGCAAAGCUGGAGCAGCAGAAGAAUGAGCAGACACAGACGGUUCAGAAUCAGAACCAGGUGCCAGCGCCACAUCCACAUCCUCAGGCACAAGUACAAGCACAGCUACAGCCACCACCACCUCCUCCUCCUCCUCAGCAACAGCAGCAGCGGCAGCAGCACCAGCAGUUGCAGGUGCCCCCACCUCCUCCACCGCACCAGGUCAAGCAGACCGUCCAGAUUGUCUCCAAGGAGACCUCCUUCAUCUCUGGCCCUGUGACUAACAACAAGCUGGUGGUGACUCCGGAUAAUACAGCCAGCAAGCAGCCCGUAGAGCAACUCCUGGCGCCACCGCCAUACGAACUGGCCACUCCAGCACCCGUGUCCAAUGUCACCAUAUCGAUAUCAACCAAGCAGCCGGCCAUUAAGGAGCUGCAGCAGAUGAAGCCUAAAGCUUUGCCCAUGGAGCAGGGCGAGGAGUUGCUAACGGCGGAGCAAGGUGGAGAGAUGCAGCAUCAGGAACAGAGUGGAGUGGUGGCGGGAGGAGCCCUUGUAACGCCCGCCUGGAGCAACAAUAGCAAUCAUUUGGAGGUGGGAGCAGCCACCAAGAUGAACUUUAAGCCUGGUGAGGGUCAGAAACGGAAACUGCCCAUGCAUCCGCAGCUUGAAGAGAAGCAGCUACAGCUGCAGCAGCAACAGCAGCAGCAGCAGCAACAGCAGCAGCAGCAACAACAGCAGCAACAACAACAACAACAGCAGCAGCAGCAGCAACAACCACAGCAGCAGCAACACCAACAGCAGCCACAGCUGGAGCUAAGCUCUUCUUUGCCAGCAAACCAACCAACGGAAAAGGUACAGCUGGUCAGCUAUGUCAAAAAACCCGCUGGAGGGGUAGGAGGAGGAGUAGGUCCUGCCGAGCAACUGCAGCAGCUACAACCCAUGCAGAGCCAGGGACAGGUGCAAAUGCAGGCUCAGAUGCAGGCGGCCAUGCAGGGGCAGCUGCCAGGACACAUGCCCGCCCAAAUGCAGAUGCAAGUGCAGCAGGUAGCCGUGCAUCCCCAGCUACAGCUCCAUCACCAGCAGCAGCAGCUACCCAACCAGCAACCCAGCACGAUAUCCGUACCCAUUCCCAUGCCCGGAACGGGUGGUAACGUGGAGCCCAAGCCAGGCGAUCAAAGAAAGCGGCGCAAACGAGAAGUACAGAAACCGCGACGCACAAAUCUGAAUGCUGGCCAGGCAGCUGGAGGAGCACUCAAAGAUCUAAGUGGAACCCUGCCAGCCGGUGCCAUGGUUCAGCUGGCUGGGAUGCCACCAGGAACGCAAUACAUCCAGGGAGGAAAUGCCAGCACAGGUCAUGUGAUCACUGGCGGGGUGACCAUUGGCAGUGGAUCAGGAGGAGCGGGUGCCAACACUACCACUAUGCUCAAGAAGCGUGUGCGCAAAUUCUCCAAAGUUGAGGAGGAUCAUGAUGCAUUUACCGAAAAGCUGCUAACCCACAUACGACAGAUGCAGCCGCUGCAGGUCCUAGAGCCGCAUCUCAAUCGGAAUUUUCACUUUCUGGUGGGCAGCAAUGAGGCGGUGGCCAGUGGCGGUGGGUCACCCAGCUCCAGUGGUGCUGGAGGCACAGUGGCCUCCUCCACCUCCACUUCCUCAUCAUCCUCAUCAUCAUCAUCCGCUGGAAAUAGUGGCAAACUAAAGAGCGCCUCACUCAACAACCGAGGCUGGCCUUUGGGACGACACUUGGAGGGCCUGGAGGACUGCGAUGGAGCCAUUCUGGGACGUUAUGGUCGUGUGUGCCUGCCGGGGAUACCCUCGCUGUAUGACAGCGAACGUUUCGGUGGAAGCGGCGGCUUGGUUGGUGGUUCAGCAACCAACAGUUCACCCUCGCCAACGCCAGGCAUGAUGGACUUGGAAAAGACACUGCCCAUGUCUAGCAUACAGAAUGACUUCUAUGACCAGGAGUUUUCCACCCACAUCGAGCGUAAUCCUCGCGAGCGCCUGCAGCGACACAUUGGCGCUGUGAGAGAUUGCAAUCUGGAGACCAUUGAGCUGGUAGAGAGCGAGGGAGGCAUGGCAGCUUGGGCGGCGGCCCUGCCGCGACUCACACGUUAUCCUGGCCUGAUAAUCCUCAAUGGGAAUAGCCGUUGCCAUGGACGUAUGUCGCCGGUGGCAUUGCCGGAAGAUCCCUUAACUAUGAGGGUGCCGGUGUCGCCGGUGUUGCGCUCUUGCGGCGAGGAGCUGCGCAAGUCCCAGCAACUAGAGCUGGGCUUGGGUUCCUUGGGUAACAACAACAACAACAACUAUCAGCAGAAGAACCAGAAUGUGAUACUCGCCUUGCCCGCUUCCUCCUCCUCCACGGAAAACAUAGCAGGCGUUCUGCGGGAUCUGGCCAAUCUUUUGCACCUGACACCCGCUCUUACCUGCAAGAUCAUUGAGGAUAAGGUGGGCAGCGAUAAGCUGGCCAAUGAUAUGGCCCUGGAGCAGUUGCAGGAUCUGGAUGAGAAGCACAACAAGGAUGACUUCAAGCGGCCGCUGAGCCAAGUUAGCCAGGGUCAUCUGCGCAAGAUACUCAACGGACGCCGCAAGUUAUGCCGCAGCUGCGGUAAUGUGGUUCAUGCCACUGGGCUGCGUGUGCCGCGACACAGUGUUCCGCCGCUGGAAGAGCAGCUGCCACGCCUGGCCCAGCUGAUGGCUUUGCUACCCCGCAAGUCGUCGCCGCCGAACUUUGCCUACUUUUGCGAUCGCUCCUGCUUUGCCAGAUUCAAGUGGAGCGGCCAGGCGGCGGAGGCGGCCAGUCUGCUGAUUCAGCCGGCGGGAGGUGCCACUAGCUUGUCCAGUAAUACCAACUCCUCUAGAGAUUCACCCAGCAGCGGUGGCGGCGGCGGUUUAGCGACUGUUCCCGAAACCCUGGUCAAGCAGGAACCGGAGGAUGAGUUGGAUGUGAAGCAGAGUAUUCCUAGCAAUCCCAGCCACCUGCCAGUCCAGCGCAAGUCCAUUGUCAAGUGCUUUAGUGCGGAUUGCUUUGCCACCGAUGGCGAGGCCACCGCCAUCAAGCUGGAGUUUGAAGGAGCAGCAGGAGCAAGCACGGGAUUAGCCAACAAUACAGUGUGGGAAACGGAGGCUAGUGGCCAGCUGGAGGACACCAGGCAGUGUGUGUUUUGUAACCAAAGGGGUGAUGGCAAGGCGGAUGGACCCUCGCGACUGCUUAACUUUGAUGUGGAUAAAUGGGUUCAUCUUAAUUGCGCUUUAUGGAGCAACGGUGUCUACGAGACCGUGUCCGGUGCCUUGAUGAACUUCCAAACAGCUCUGCAAUCUGGCUUAAACCAGGCCUGUAGCUCCUGCCAUCAGCUGGGAGCCACCAUCAAGUGCUUCAAGUCGCGGUGCAAUAGCCUUUAUCACCUGCCCUGCGCCAUACGCGAGGAGUGUGUCUUCUACAAGAACAAAUCCGUCCAUUGCAGUGCCCAUGGUCAUGGAGCGGUGGGCUCUGGAGCAAGUUCCACGGCGGCUACCGGCGUAACAGCCACAGUGGGGGGAACCGAGAACGAACUUAGCUCCCUGGUGGUCCAUCGGCGAGUGUUUGUGGAUCGCGAUGAGAACCGACAGGUGGCCACCGUUAUGCACUACUCGGAGCUAAGCAAUCUGCUGCGGGUGGGCAAUAUGACGUUCUUGAAUGUGGGCCAGCUGCUGCCCCAUCAGCUGGAGGCCUUUCAUACGCCCCACUACAUCUAUCCCAUUGGCUACAAGGUGAGUCGCUACUACUGGUGUGUGCGACGCCCAAACCGGCGGUGUCGCUAUAUUUGCAGCAUUGCCGAGGCCGGUUGCAAGCCCGAGUUCCGCAUUGUGAUCCAGGAUGCCGGCGACAAGGAGCCAGAGCGUGAGUUCCGCGACAGCUCACCGUCGGCAGUGUGGCAGCAAAUCCUGCAGCCAAUCACGCGCCUGCGCAAGGUCCACAAGUGGCUGCAGCUCUUUCCGCAGCACAUCAGUGGCGAGGAUCUCUUUGGCCUAACGGAGCCAACGAUUGUCCGGAUAUUAGAGAGUCUGCCGGGAAUUGAAACCCUCACCGAUUAUCGCUUCAAGUACGGCCGCAAUCCUCUGCUGGAGUUCCCCCUGGCCAUCAAUCCAUCGGGUGCGGCACGAACGGAGCCCAAGCAGAGGCAGUUGCUCGUCUGGCGGAAGCCACACACGCAGCGCACGGCUGGCAGCUGCAGCACCCAGCGUAUGGCCAAUUCGGCGGCCAUUGCCGGCGAGGUGGCCUGUCCCUACAGCAAGCAGUUUGUCCACUCGAAGAGCUCCCAGUACAAGAAGAUGAAGCAGGAGUGGCGCAACAAUGUGUACCUGGCCAGGUCCAAGAUCCAGGGUCUGGGCUUGUAUGCCGCCCGGGACAUAGAGAAGCACACGAUGAUCAUCGAGUACAUUGGCGAGGUCAUACGCACCGAGGUGUCCGAGAUACGCGAGAAGCAAUAUGAGUCAAAGAACCGCGGCAUUUAUAUGUUCCGGCUGGACGAGGAUCGCGUGGUGGACGCCACCUUGAGCGGCGGCUUGGCGCGCUACAUCAACCAUUCGUGCAACCCCAAUUGUGUGACCGAGAUCGUGGAGGUGGAUCGCGAUGUCCGCAUCAUUAUAUUCGCCAAAAGGAAGAUCUAUCGCGGCGAAGAGCUUUCGUACGAUUACAAGUUUGACAUCGAGGAUGAAUCGCACAAGAUACCCUGCGCCUGCGGAGCGCCCAACUGUUGCAAAUGGAUGAACUAAGGACCAACCAAGGAGGAGCUAUUAAAGCUGGAGAAGGAGCGUUGAAGCUCCGUGCCCAGUGAACACAGGAAUUGUUAUAAUCUGAUCAAUUAGAUAGAAUCGUACUAGGCAGUAUAUAGUAGAGACCGUGUACAUAUAUAUAUAUAUAUAUAUAUAUAUAUAUAUAUACAGAUUCAGGUAGGCAUAUAUAUGAAUGUAAAAAUGUAAAAAUAUAUAUAUAAAUAUUUAUAUAUAUAAUUGAAAUAUAUAUAUAUAUAUAUAUAUGUAUGAAAGCCUACCCCCUUGAUAAUAAUGGUGGUGAUGAUGAUGUGCCCACUGUAGCUAAUUUGUAACCCAAGGAAGGCGUGGAGUCAAAGAGUGUUUCAUAGUUUCAAUUGAACGAUUGCCAUCGUUGCCCCCAUCUAUAUAUAAUAAUAAUAUAUAUAUAUAUAUAUAUACAUUUAUAUUAAGAGAGAGAAAAUAUACAUAAAUGUUAAGGCUAGGACAUGACCGCCGCGCGCCCCCCUCCCCCUCUCCCCUUGUAAUGUAAUCCUUCUCAUCCACAUCCACAUUUUUGAAAUAAUCGUGGGAUAAACAGACCGACUUGACUUUAUGCGUGUGUGCCUUUCCCCCUCUCUGUUUAUCAUAAUUAUUAUUAUUAUUAUUAUUAUUGCUAUUAUUAUCAUUAUCAUAGUUUGUAGUUAUUUUAUUUCUUUCCCCUUCUUCUAUAGACAUUUAAAUGAAAGCUUGAUUUGUUUCUCAAGCGGCUUAGUAGUAUUUGAAAAGUGUACAACCUUUUUUCAAUAUAUAUAUAUAUAUAUAUAUAUAUAUAUAUAUAUACGCAGAUAGGUAUAUAUAUAUAUUUUUAUUUUAUUUUUUAAUUAGUUUUUGCAGUUUACGUACGUUUAAGCAUAACAAACUCCAAGCAAAGUGUAUUUUUCAAGCCCCCUUAAGUUAAGUAAAACCUGUAUGCCACCAUUU